AUGGACAAGCAGAGAGGAUGGAAGGUUUUAAAUGAAAGAUAUGAUUACGGUUUAAAAUUAGUGUUAUUAUCGAUCGACGAAGGCAUCACUGGAUACCGAGACGACAGUCUCGAGACUGUAAAGCAAAAUCGUGAUGACUAUGGAAUGGAGUUAAAAAUUCUAUCGUACGAAGAACUUUACGGGUGGACUAUGGACAAAAUUGUAGAUAAAAUAGGAAGGUCUAACAAUUGCACAUUUUGUGGAGUAUUUCGGCGUCAAGCAUUGGACCGAGGAGCUCGUUUAAUGCGAGUGGAUUGUGUAGCAACCGGGCAUAACGCAGACGACAUAGCGGAAACAGUUUUGAUGAACAUACUUCGAGGAGAUACUGCACGCUUGCGUAGGUGUUGUAACAUAAAGACCGGAGGAAAAGAUGCAGAUUCUAUUCCGCGUGUCAAGCCCCUGAAAUAUGCAUAUGAGAAAGAGAUAGUAAUGUACGCGCACUUUAAGAAGCUAAUUUAUUUCUCCACUGAAUGCGUUUUUGCACCAAACGCAUAUCGUGGCCACGCAAGAGCUUUUCUUAAAGAUUUGGAGAAAAUAAGACCAUCAGUUAUAAUGGAUAUAAUCCACUCAGGAGAACAGUUAUCUUUUAAAGAUACCGUGAAAGUACCGUCAAGAGGAACAUGCAAUAGAUGUGGUUUUGUGUCGUCGCAACAACCGUGCAAGGCUUGUGUACUAUUGGAAGGACUGAAUCGUGGGCUCCCAAAAUUAGGCAUUGGGAAGAAGUCCAAAGCGAACAGGAUGAUCGCUGCUCAAAAUAGUUUGAGGCAAAGCGCAAGCUUAGUUAAGGAUGAUUUCUAGCACUCCUAAGAAAUUAUUUGAAAUCUGUACACCUCAUACAAAACGUAUACAUUAUAUGUACGGAUUACGGUUCUGUACGGUGAAUAUGUACAUUGUAGUAUUUCAUUAAUAAAGCGAU